UGGAGGAAACGCGCCAUUGAAGCAAACAACGUGAGGACUUCGUUGAAGCACUGAAAAAACGUGCAAUUUUUUCAUGUUUAAUACCAACUAUUGGUAUUUAUUCUGAGGAUGGCGUACAGAGGACAAGGACAGAAGGUGCAGAAGGUUAUGGUGCAGCCCAUUAACCUUAUUUUCCGGUACCUGCAAAAUCGCUCGCGCAUCCAGGUCUGGCUGUAUGAACAGGUGAACAUGCGGAUAGAAGGAUGCAUUAUUGGCUUUGAUGAGUACAUGAACCUGGUUCUUGAUGAUGCAGAAGAAAUCCACAUGAAAACUAAAAACAGAAAGCCACUGGGGAGGAUCAUGUUGAAAGGAGACAACAUUACCUUGCUUCAGAGUGUGUCCAACUAACCUGGAGUGAUGCUUUCCAUUUUUUUCUUUGUUUUUGUAUGUGACAUAAAUAUUUGUUACUUUGAUUCCACAUUGUAAAAUGUUGAAAAUAAAUUUGAUUUCUUAG